CAGUUGUCAUGGAGAUGGAAAAAGGCUCAGCGUCCACGAGUGGCAGUGUUACCAUGGAAAUGCCCAUCGCAGAAGCGGUUUCAGCAGAGCGAGGAGAGCUGGAAGAGCCUGUUCAGCGCCACGCUGAAGCUGAAUUCCAACACAAAAACUAUCGCAUGUUAAUUGUGAUUGGAGAAAUUUCAACCAGCCAUCACCUCGAAUUGGCCAGGAAACAGAUCAGACAAGGUUUGCUCUCCUGGAAGGUUGAUCUGACAGUUUGUGACCUGAACAAGGAGCUGCAGCUUUUUGAGACCAGACACACUGCUCAGUUUUCUUCACAGGUUAAAGGCCAGCGGGUUCUCCAGUAUCGAAGCGAUGUCCUUGAGACAGUGGUGCUGGUGAAUCCGUCCGAGGAGACUGCUGCCUCAGAGGUCCGCUCUCUGAUCACUGACCUUUCGGGGAAUAAGUUGCUGAUACUGAGUGGCCAGAGCUCUGAGCAGGGCGGUGACAUUUUGUUGCAAGCUGGAGCUUUCACCUGGCAGCACUUUUCUGACAUCAUCUCUCAUCCUCAGGUGAUUGAAGUUCUCUCCAGCGCCUCUUCAGAACAGCAGCCCAGACUUACUGUUUCCUGUCAGGGGGACGGAGGCUGGAGCUCCCUAGGCUACAGCAAAGAGCAAAACCUGCUCAAGAAUUUUUUAGAAUACAGACUGAAUCCAGAACCUCACCUCCCUGACAUGGACGGAGUAUCAGAGUUCACCGAGUAUGUAUCAAAGACAGUGGAUGUGCCAUCACCUUUUGAUCUCUUGGAACCACCAACCUCUGGUGGGUUUCUGAAGCUGUCCAAACCGUGCUGCUACAUUUUUCCUGGGGAAAGAGGAGACUCUGCUCUGUUUGCUGUCAAUGGAUUCAACAUUCUGGUGGAUGGAGGGUCAGAGCGGAAGUCUUGCUUCUGGAAGCUGGUUCGCCACCUGGACAGGAUCGACUCUGUCCUGCUCACCCAUAUUGGAGCAGACAACCUCCCUGGUAUCAACGGGUUGUUUCAGAGAAAGAUUGCAGAGCAGGAGGAAGAGAAGAACCAUAAAUCUAGCUCCAGUACCAAUGGAGACUGGAUGAAGAACCUGAUUUCUCCUGAGCUUGGGAUUGUGUUUUUCAAUGUUCCUGAGAAGCUUCGGAUGCCUGAGUCCACACUGAAAGUGAAGCGAAGCAUCGAGGAAGCAUGCCUUACAUUGCAAUACCUGAACAAGCUUGGUAUUACACCUGAACCUCUUCAUAGGGUGGUCAGCAACACCAUUGAACCUGUCACACUUUUCCAUAAGCUUGGCGUUGGAAAGUUGGAUAUGUAUGUUCUAAACCCUGUCAAAGAAAGCAAAGAGAUGCAAUUUCUAAUGCAGAAAUGGGCUGGAAACAGCAAGGCCAAGACGGGGAUUGUGAUGGCCAGUGGUAAAGAAGGAGAAAUAUCGGUUCCCUACUUGACAUCAGUUACAGCCCUCAUUGUUUGGAUUCCACAUCGCCCCACAGAAAAGAUAGUCAGGGUGCUGUUUCCUGGGAAUGCUCCACAGAACAAAAUCUUUGAGGGUCUUGAGAAACUAAAACACUUGGAUUUCCUGCGAUACCCAGUGGCUACCCAAAAAGAUAUAACAUCCGUCGCACCGCCUCCCAUCAUUAAACAAACUAAGAUACAGUCAAGAACUGAUAGCAAAGAAAGUCUUAAGUCUUCCCCUAAACCACACUCUAAGGCAUCCAAGAAAGAAGCUACUGGGCCAGAAGAUGAAUCCAAGACAGACAUAAUGAUAGAAAAUAAAGUAGAAAAGAAAGAAGACAAGAAAAUGAAAAGUGAAAGUCUAAAAGCCACCAAGCAACAAAAAAAUAGCGAGGUGGCCCCUGUGGUACAAAAACUGGAAAAAAAGAAGAAAGUUAUAAAGCAGGACAAAACAUCCAAAAUGGAUGAGAAGAAAGAUAAUGAGAAGAAAGACUUGAAGAAAGAGAAACGUGAAGUAAAGAAGGAUGAAAAUAUCAGAAAAGAAGAGAAAAAAGAACAUAAUGUCAAGGAAGAUAAAAAGAAAGACCCAAGCAAACCAGAGCUGAGAAAAAUCACUAAACCUGACCUGAAACCACUAACACCGGAAGUGAGAAGAACUCUGCACAAAGCCAAGGCUCAGACUAAACCUAAGACAGAUAAAAAUAAAGCAGGUAAAGAGGAAAUAGCUGUGAAAAAGCCAGUCGCAAAGAACAUUCCUGAAGCGGUAGUGGCAGCUGCUUCACCAGACAGGUCCAUCCUGUCAUCCCCUGAAGAUCUCACCCAAGACUUUGAGACUCUGAAACAAGAGGAGCUGGCCAAACUCAGCAGUGAGACUGUCCAGAAUGACGUAGUGUCUGGGCAUCCAGCUCACACAGACACAAAACUUACUUCUAUGGUCUUAUCUGAUGAGGAAGUCACAUUCCCAGAUGACAAAUCCCCAGGCCGAGAAGAAGACAACAAACACAAGGGUGCAUCACAACAAAUGCCAGUCUCUGAAAAGAAAGAAGUCAGCAGUGGCUUUGAUAAGAAGUAUGAAGAGGAGACUAUGGAGAAAUAUGACAACUACCCAAUGAAAGAUGACAUAAAAGAUAGGUCAAAAAAGAGUGACAGCUCGGAGGAGGAUAGUGAUGUCAUCGAAAAAGCUGAACUCGAAGGAACUGAAGAUGAUGAGGUACUUAAAUAUAAAACAGAGGAGGCUAUAAAGGAAAAAUCUGGAAAGGGGUGGGAUGUUAAUACAAGUGAGCAAAAACUAGGCGCAGCCCCCUUAGCAGCUUCCGCCUCUGAGCAGUUCUCCUACAUUCAAGAUGAGACAAUCCCCGGCUACUCUGAGACUGAACAGACCAUCUCUGAUGAGGAGAUCCAUGAAGAAACGGAGGAUCGAGUCCCACAACUUCAAUAUGAUGUGGCUGCCUAUGACAUUUCUGUCCCUGAUGUCCCUGGGACAUUUGACUCCAUGCAUGGGAUUAAAGAGAUGAAAAGCUCUGCCAUGACAGGUGCAGUUGAUGCCAAACCAAAAACCUUUGUGGUGGGUCAUGACCAUGAGCUUGCCCCAUACCCUGCCAUCAUUGCUGCUCCACUUGCAGAGGAGGAGCAUAUCUCCUCUGCCACAUCCAUCACAGAAUAUGACAAAUUGUCCUCCUUUGCCACGUCUGUAGCUGAGGACCAGUCCAUAGCGUCUGUGACAGCACCCCAGACUGACAAGGCAGGGAGGAACUCUCUCCUGCUGGAUGCUGUUAACAAUGUCCCCUCACGUGCAGAGGCUACCCACGGGAAAGACUAUCUUCACUCAGCAGGGACAAUCUCACCCACAUCCUCUCUGGAAGAUGACAAAUGUUUCAAGUCUCCCUCAUCGGACGAGUACCAACCCAAUAUUCCUGAAAUGGAGGCUGAGCAAAAGAUCAAAUCACUGAAUGAAGAAGAAGAGGAAGAGGAAGAUGAGGAUGAGGACCAGACACCGAAUGUCGACAUUCCUUUGGGUAAACUCCAAGAGGGCUAUGAACAUGCAGCAUCCAUGAUGCUCCAGGAGAAGAAGUCAUCCUCUCCCAUAAUGGCUUCUCCUUCCUCUGCCCUGCAGUACUCUCCUACACAGGCUGACGAGGAAGACCAGCAUCUCUUUAAUGAAGACCAGAUGAAGAGUGGUGCUGCAGUGAAGCCUCUUACACCUCCUCAGUCGUUCUCCCCUGGAUUAGAGUCCCACUCCAGGCCAGACAGUGAGGAAAGAUGUCCAAGUCCAGAUGACAGCACCAUGAAACUGGCAUCACCGACACACUCUGUGCCAACAAGCAGUGGCUAUUCCCCCACAGAAGAAAAGCCUUAUAAGACAGAGGAAGAUGAUAAGAUCAUGACCAGUACAAACGUUGACACUCAAAAAACAGAAAAAUCUGUCACAAUUUCAGACAAUGCUUCAGUUAUUGGUUUGUCUGUUGACCAGACGGCCUUUGAAGCAUCUGAGGAAUCUGAUGAAUCUGAUGAGGUUGACUACUAUUCCAAAAAGGAUCUACAGCCAACUGUUAAAGCAAAGCUUAUGGAAGCGAAAGAGGGGUGCUUCCUAGAUGAUGACUACACCUAUGAAAUAAAAUCUGUGAAGACAGAAACAGAACCCAAAGGCUCAGAUAAAACACAGGGAUCUAGUGACAUCGACGAAAAACCAAAAGCUCCCACGAUAUUCUCAGAUGAAGGUGAACAAGAGGAAAACGGCGAUUUCGUAAGUGACAUGGAACCAAAGCAAGGAGUCAAAUUAGACUUUGAGGAAAAAACAGAUAUAGCCGAGAAAAGCGUUCAUUUUAGUCUGUAUGAUUUUCCAGAAAGGGAGAGCAGAGCGAAAGGUUCAGAACGAUAUAUGAGACAAGACACUCCCUAUGUGCACGGCAAAACCUUUUCUUACGGUGACGUCUAUGACAGCAAAACAAGCUCAGUGGACUCUGAUUCUUAUCCACAUGAGACCUUUGAUAUGCUGGAGAAGGACAGCAUGAGCACUGAAACAGAUUUACCAAUGAAUGAGCCUCCCUCUGCUGCAACACCUGUGGACAAGUCGUCAGAGAAUGAGGGAGUGACAGUUCUUGGCCAAAAAGAAUUUUCCACCUCAUCGUGGCUUGAUUCCCAGAGUGUAUCGCCUUCACUUGAUAAAGAAGUCAAAGAAAAAGAGACAUUUGAGUACAGCAGAGAUAGUCAGUUCCCCACAGUGGCUGAUAGACCUGAGGUCUCUUUCACUUCUAUGUCAUCAGCUAAAGACUUUUCCUCUAUUAAAGAACAAACUGACACCACAAAGCCCCCAAUGUCUUCAGCGUUAGCAUUUGGUGAAGAUAAACUCACCAAAGAAGACUAUGUUGAAAAGGGAGCAUCUCUGGAAGUUGACAUGCGAAAAUUAACUGCAAGGGAUGAGGAGGACUAUGAUGAUGACGUCGUGGAUGAUGAUGAGGAGGAGGAUGACGAUGGAGAAGAGGAGGAAGAGGAUUAUGUUGUUGAUUCGUAUCUGGAGAAAGGGGCUAAAGAGAAAUCUGAGAAGGAUGCACAAAGCCCAGUUAAUGAAAUUUUCAGUUCAACCAGGCCUGAGCUUACUGCGUCUAUGGCUGGAUACGGCGAUGACAGUCAGGGGAGGACCAGUAUGACUGAAACCAUCGACAGCUCAUUAACACUUGAAGCUGAAGGCGAAACCAAAGAAGGUGCUACAAUCUUAAGUGGAAAACCCACAGAUUUGGGGGCUACGGGUUUCUCUAAGUACUCCUCAGGGUUUGAAUACCCCUACAGAGAUGAGGAAAAAAGUUUGUUCUUAGACAAAGGAAAAGACAGUUUCAGUCUAAAACCAACAGAGGACAGUUACUACCAUGAUGAAAGUGCUCAGCCGUCGGAGUUUGAGAAACAGAAAACACCAGACCUUCUGAGUAAGAGAAUACUGGACACAAGUUUUCAGUACACCACCUCUGCCGCUCCUGCGUACUCUUCGUCCUCCGCCUAUAGCUACUCAUCUUCCACCUCGGGUUCUCUGUCCACCAGUCGACAGUUUGGAGAUGACUUGGAAACCCCUGCUUCUGCGGAACCUCUCUUUGAGUACUCAUCAUUUAAAGAGGAACCCUUUCCAGUCAUGGACUCCCCCUUCUCCAGCUCAGGUGGCACUAAAGAUGAUUAUAUGGAAGUGUCGGAGAAACAUAUCACCACUGCAGUGGAGUCAACCUCCACUGUAGCCCACUUCUCACCCCUUAGCUCAUUUGAGGAGAACAAAUCCUUUCCCUUACUGUCCUCUACUGGGUUUGAUGAAGACAAAAAGGAAUCUCUGCCUUCAUUAAGGGGAGCUGGGGACAAAGACCCACAGUUGGAUUGUUUCUAUAAGCCCGAAUGGUCAGAAGGUUCCAGGAUGGACAUAACUGAUGGGUUUGCAGGUUCAGCAGCAGUGUACUCUCAAAUCCCAGAGCUUUCCAAGGAGAAUGAGUCGGCCAGCGCAGCUCUGUUUGGUAUUACGUCCUCACCAUGCCCAAGCACACAAGGAAAGCAUUAUUUUGAGGAGACUGACAGCAGUGAAGAAGAAGAUGAAGCAGCUUAUAUGCGUGCAAAGACUCACAGAGCUCCUUUGAGUGGCCUCACUGGAAGUCCCAUAUUUUCUGAAAAAUGUGUUGCCCAAGACACCAGUGAGAAGACAGGUGGUACACUCCCUGAUGUUCUCAACUCACACAAGCCGUCUCCUCUCCAAGACCGUAAGCCAGAUGCAGCCAAUGGUCCCACUGAGAUUAGGACAAGCUCCCCUGUUCUUGCUGGAGCAACAGCUAGUGGUACAGCUUCAGGCUCGGCCAAGGCUGAAACCAGAGAGGGUGAAGGUUACAGAAGCUCUUAUGAGUGUGAAAGACCUAAGCCAUCAAUGGGGAUGGUGCCUGGAGAUUCACCUCCUCAUUAUCGCCAUGAUGAUGAGUUUGAAGAGGAGUGUGAGAUGGAGCCAGAGCACCCUGCUCGUCCCCUGUCACUCUCAUCAACUGACAAAUCCUUCUGCUCUCCAUUCUAUGCAGAGGAGUGCAGUCAUGAUGAUGAUGAUGAUGAUGACGACAGUGACCAAGACAUCACUGGUGAUGCACCUAUGGGAGCUGCUUCCUCUUACCCCACCCGCACCUCUCCCGGAUAUUCUUCCUCUGAGUACAAGCAGAGAAAAGAGGACCUAUCACCCUCCUUCAUCAACCCUUGCUUGCAGCAGGUGUCGAGUGACGAAGAUGAUGAGGAGCAAGGAUUCCAAAGUGACCAAUCUCAGGAAGGCGAUGAACAUGACCUGUCUGUCAAGAGAAGGGCUCACAAACAACCCCACCACCUGGGUUCCCACAGCAGGGAUAACAGCUCUCUGAAUCAAGCUGGGGGUAUGUCCACGGGACUGGGUCUGGCUACAGAGGAUACCCCACCCACCUCAGUCAGUGAGUCUCUCGGGUCUCAGUCAGACUCUGAUAUGCCGGGCAUGGAAGAAUACCCCUCAGUCACUCGUGAAGGCAUCAUAGACUCAGAUGAGGAUGCCGACUACAUGCCGGCUGAUAAAUUAUCUAACACAAGAGGGGCAAGCUCAAGGAUGAGCUCUGACCCUCCUCCCGCAGCCCUCAUGGAUCCCUACCCACACCCACCACAUCCAGAUGUUUGUAUGGUGGAUCCUGACUCUUUGGAUCACGGUUUAGUUAAGAAGGAGCCAAAACCUAAAGGUUUGAAGAAGGCCUCAGGAAAAACAAAAUCCUCAUCUUCCCCAGCCAGGCGCAAGAGGUCACCCGUGCCUGUUAAACAGACACCAUCUCCUCGCAGUGGCUCACUGAAGAAGAAAGAGGCAGAUAAAAGCUCUCGAAUUUCUCGUCUGUCAGAUGGACAAGGUUCUAAAGAUGAAGACUUCUCCAAGUCAAGCUAUAACCCUGGUAGAGGGUUGACUAACGGUCUCAAGAGUAGCUCAGGUUCCCAGAAAUCUGGCUCAACAGCUGCUCCUGGACUUCCUAUUUACGUGGACUUGGCCUACAUUCCCAAUCACUGCAGUGCUAAGAAUGUGGACCAAGAGUUUUUCAAACGUAUUCGUUCUGCGUACUACGUGGUGAGCGGCAACGACACAGGAAGCGGUGAGCCGAGUCGAGGAGUCCUAGAUGCUCUGUUGGAAGGCAAGGCUCAAUGGGGUUCAAACUUACAGGUCACGCUGAUUCCCACCCACGACACGGAGGUGACCCGCGACUGGUACCAACAGACCCACGAGAGGCAGCAGGAGCUGAACAUCAUGGUCCUGGCCUCCAGCAGCACCGUGGUCAUGCAGGACGAGUCUUUCCCCGCCUGCAAGAUUGAGUUUUAAGACCACGCCCCCUUCCCGUCUCCGAUGUCCCAGCUGGCUUCUGUUUUUUGAUUGUUCCUUUCUGCAGACUCGCAUCCAAAUCUGGUCUGUGCUUCGGGAAAGCCCCCUGGAACAGAUCUGGAUAACAAGUCUGAUGGUAUUUUCUAGAUUUUUAUUCAUUUCUAAACUGCUCGUGAGUUUCACUGUUUGUAUUACAAAUGUAGUUUCAUGACAAACUGUCCUGCACUCGGUGAUGAUUUUGUCUUCGGUCUUGUCUUUUUGUAAACCCUGCUUCUUCAUCUGUUGUUCAAAA